AUGACUAACGAUGUUAUAGAAAAACCCGACUGGGAAAAAGAUUUAGACUACCACCAGGACAAGGACAUCCACCAGACCGAGGACAACCACCAGACAGAGGACCACCACCAGUGCAAGGACGACAACCAGUCCGAAGACCACCGCCAGACCGAGGACCACCACCAGACAGAGGACCGCCACCAGUGCGAGCAGCACCACCAGACAGAGGACCAUCACCAGUGCGAGGACCACAACCAGUCCGAAGACCACCGCCAGACCGAGGACCACCACCCUGACAGAGAACCACCACUAGACCGAGGACCACCAACACUCCGAGGACCACCACCAAUCCGAGGACCACCACCAGACCGAGGACCACCACCAGACCGAGGACCACCAAUAGUUGAGGACCACCAUCAGAUCGAGAACCACCACCAGACCGAGGACCACCACCAGACAGAGGACCACCACCAGUCCAAGGACCCACCACCAGACGAGGACCACCACCAGACCGAGGACCAUCACCAGUCUGAGGACCACCACCAGACAGAGGACCACCACCUGACAGAGGACCACCACCAGAUCGAGGACCACCACCAGACCGGAGGACCAUCACCAGUCCGAGGACCACCACCAGACCGAGGACCACCACCAGACCGAGGACCACCACCAGACCGAGAACCACCACCAGACCGAGAACCAUCACCAGACCGAGGACCACCACCAGAUCGAGGACCACCACCAGACCGAGGACCAUCACCAGUCCGAGGACCACCACCAGACUGA